AUAUGUACAUACAUACACGGUUUAAGAAGGGAAAGAAGCCAAGCAUGUGACAUACCCCUGUAGUUCCCACACUCCAGUGGUGGAGACAGGAGGAUGGAGACUUCAGAGCCCACUCUUCCUUGGCUUUCAUAGUGAGAUGCUGACGUGGAGCAGAAGGGGAAGGGAUGCUAGGCUGCUCCUGUCAGUGAGCUCCCUGCUCAGAACACCUCAGAUAAUGUGCCCAGUGGCCGGGUGAGUCAAGUAGAAGACACUGCCUGGGAAGUAGAAGAGACCUGUACGGAGAUGGAGCGAGAGGCCACUUCCACCAUACAGACAGCCCCUCCAUAAGGCCAAGGGGACAGUCUUGGGAGGGAGACCCUGCCAGGGGACAGGGCAGGACUGCGAUGAGAUUGCCAGCUGGUUUCCUUGAGGGGACUAGAAUGCAGGGCUCUCCCAGCUCUGUAUCCACUUCUACAGGACCCCAUCCCCUCACACCUCCACAGUCCCCUGUCCCUUCCUCCUCCUUCUCCACCCCCCCUCAUUUCUGCCCUUCUCACCUAUUUCCUCUCCUGCUUAUCCCCAAACACACCCCCUUUGUCACCUCUGGCCCUGCAGCCUCCUUACCAGCAGCAGGCACAUGAUGAUGGUAAAAAUAGCUCCUUUCACCAGAGUGUGAAUGGAGGGGGCAGAGGCAGGAGACAAGGCUGGGCCCCCAGUGCUAGGGAAGGGCCCUUGGGAAGUGUGGGCUCCUGAUCCCCUCCCUGCUGAGUCACACCUUGCUCAGAUGGGUCACCUCAGUCUCAGGCUCUGUCACCCUAAACAUACACCUAAAGCCAGCAGCAGCAAAGCAGUGUGACACAGCUCUCAAGAGGUGUGUGCUUGGUGUCCCCAGUCGGUGGGAGCUUCUCUGAGUCCCUAUGUCUGGACCACCAUGGCAUGUGCAGGGCCAGCCAGUGGGCGGCAGCGGGUGAGCAUGCAGGAACACAUGGCCAUUGAUGUGAGCCCCGGCCCCAUUCGGCCCAUCCACCUCAUUUCCGACUACUUCCCACAUUUCUACCCCUUCUUGGAGCCGGUGCUGCGCGCCCCAGAUCGGCAGGCAAUGCUGACCCCGGCCAUCCCCUCUGCACCCCAGCUGCAGCCCAGCCCUGAGCCCGAAGGAGACUCGGAUGACAGCACCGCCCUAGGCAUCCUGGAAUUCACACUUCUCUUUGAUGAGGACAACAGCGCCCUGCACUGCACAGCCCAUCGUGCAAAGGGCCUCAAGCCACCAGCCGCAGGCUCUGUGGACACCUAUGUCAAAGCCAACUUGCUACCAGGGGCCAGCAAGGCCAGCCAGCUUCGGACACGCACUGUUCGAGGCACCAGGGAACCUGUCUGGGAGGAGACGCUCACCUAUCAUGGCUUUACAUGCCAGGAUGCUGGACGGAAGACCCUGAGGCUAUGUGUGUGUGAGGACUCACGGCUGCGGCGACGGCGGCGAGCACCCCCCCUGGGGGAGCUACGAGUGCCCCUGAGGAAGCUGGUGCCAAACCGAGCCAGGAGCUUUGACAUCUGUCUAGAGAAGCGGAGGCUGAUCAAGAGGCCCAAGAGCCUGGACACAGCCCGUGGCAUGUCUCUAUAUGAGGAGGAGGAGAUGGAGGCAGAGGUGUUUGGGGAAGAACGUGGACGCAUCCUACUGUCCCUGUGCUACAGCUCCGAGCGUGGUGGCCUGCUGGUGGGUGUGCUACGCUGUGCCCACCUUGCUCCCAUGGAUGCCAAUGGCUACUCGGACCCCUUUGUCCGUCUUUUCCUGCAUCCAAGUUCUGGGAAGAAAUCCAAAUAUAAGACCAGUGUUCGGAGGAAGACGCUGAAUCCUGAGUUCAAUGAGGAAUUCUUUUAUGCGGGUCAUCGAGAGGAGCUGGCCCAGAAGGCACUGCUGGUGUCUGUGUGGGACUAUGACCUGGGCACUGCUGAUGAUUUCAUUGGUGGGGUGCAGCUGAGUGGCAGAGCCAGUGGGGAACGCCUGCGCCACUGGCGGGAGUGCCUAGGCCACUGUGACCACCGGCUGGAACUGUGGCACCUGCUGGACAGUGUGCCCCCCCAACUUGGUGAUUAGUCAGCACAACACAGGGCCCUGCUUUGCAACCGGUUCGGGGGCCAAGAUGUCUUGCUGCAUCUGGAAUGAGGUCUGGGCUAUCCCAUCUGCUAUGCAUUCUUGUCUCCUUCCAGUCAUGUAACCCCCAAACACAAAGCAAAAUAAACCUCUGCUUCUGCCA